AUGGGAUCAUGGGACAUGAAGACCAUGUUCCAUUGUUGCUUAUUCAUAUUCUUCCUUGGAGGAUUAGCAACAUUACGAUUUUUCAGAAACAAUAAUCUAGAAGCAGUACUGAUCAUUAGCAAGGUUAAGGUUACUGAUCCUACGAGUACAACGACUAACAUAAAUACAAGUACACCAGCUUUUGAUGAUCCGAGAACACUGAACAUUGCACCUCCGUCUUCAACGGACAGCUGUGAUUUGUUCUCGGGAAGAUGGGUUCACGACAACAAAAGUCAUUACCCUUUGUAUAAAGAACAUGAGUGUCCUUAUCUUAAUGGUGAUCUAGCUUGCCUAACCUAUGGCAGAAAGGAUUCAAAGUAUCAACAAUGGAGGUGGCAACCCAAUGACUGCGACUUCCCUAGGUUUGAUGGUGAAGCAGUGGUAAAGAGACUGAGGGGUAAGAGGCUAUUGUUUGUGGGGGAUUCGAUAAACAGGAACCAAUGGGAUUCGAUGAUUUGCAUGCUCCAAUCAUCAAUUCCAGGGAAAAAGGAGGUUAACUCAAAAGGUCUCAAUGGUACCUUGUAUUCCUUCAGAGCCCAUGACUACAAUAUCUCAGUUGAUUACUACUGGGCUCCGAUGCUAGUAGAAUCAAACGGAGAUGAUCCAUUUGACCAUCGUGCUCACCUUCGAGUUAUUCGAAGCAAAGCUAUUGAGAAACAUGCAAAGCAUUGGGUUGAUGCUGAUGUAAUCAUAUUUAAUUCAUGUCUUUGGUGGAGAUUACCCACAGUGACUCUCUUGAAGAGUGCUGGAUCGUUAAUGGGUGCUCCUAAUCAAGUGGUUGAAGUUAUCGAUAGUCCUCGUGCCUACAAGAUGGCUCUCGAAACAUGGUCCAAAUGGGUUCAUGCCAACAUCAAUCCCUCAAAAACCAAGUUGUUCUACAUGGGUCAUACAGCAGCUCAUGCGUGGGCUACAGAUUGGGGAGGCAAGAAGCAUGAAACCUGUUAUGGAGAAACGGAGCCAUUGAUGGAUUACAGAUUUUGGGAAAUUGGAACAGAUCCCAAUAUACUGAGAAUAUUGGAAUCAUCGUUGAGCAAACUGAAAGCCAAGGGAGUGAAUGUGCAAAUGAUAAAUAUAACACAGCUAACACAAGCCAGAAGAGAUGCACAUCCUACUAUUUAUAGGAAACUAUGGCGUCCCUUCACCGAAGAUGAAAAGAAGAAACCACAUAGUAUUUCAGAUUGUGCACACUGGUGCCUUCCUGGAGUUCCUGAUAUUUGGAAUGAACUUUUAUUGGCUUACAUUUUUCCAACAACAGCAAUCGCUUACCAAUAA